AUGAAGGAUUCCGGGGAGAUAAAGUCAACCAGCCCACGGUAUGCAGCAUUGACUUACUGUUGGGGUUCCCAAAAGGAGUCGCAACAUCAGCUCAGAACCGAUAAAAGCACGCUGCCGCUUCGGUGCAAGGGAAUUCUUGAUUCAGAGAUGACACCGGUCUUAAGAGACGCCGUUCGGGUGACCAGAGCAUUGUCAAUUCCAUACCUCUGGAUCGACUGUCUCUGCGCUCUGCAGGAUGUGGAUGAUCCCUCCGACUGGAAUAGACAAUGUUGGCACAUGGACGAGAUUUAUGGAUGUGCAGAGGUUACAAUC